CGUAAAGGCUGCCGAACUUGCCGUAUCCGCAAGGUGAAGUGCGACGAAGAAAGAUUACCAAGCCAAGCGCACGAGGAGCCACAAUGUAGGCGAUGCUUGGCCGCGAAGAUCCUUUGCGAGUGGAAUGGCCCCCCAAUCCCGCGCAGGUCGACACGUGCCUCAACACAUAUAUCCUCCAAAAGAUCCCCAGGAGAUGAAGCCAGCACUGCGAAUCGCCCAAGGAGUGCAAGGAAGCGAUCUCAUCCGCAAAUUAUAUCAUAUCCACAGCAAUCACUCUCAACUCGAAAUCAACCUUGUGCGCAGGGUCAGAGCAUCCAGGCUGCCAAUUCUUUGUCACUGUCAGAGUUCGAUCGAGAAUGCUUGAGCUAUAUUCAGGAUUCAAUCUUGGUUGUACUUGUUGGAAAGCACUGGCCGUGGUCAACUGUCUCGUACGCGUACCACAAGAUAGCGACCAAAGAACCUAUGGUCAUGAGCGUGAUGUUGGCUAGUGCUGCGAGGGAGAUCCACCGGUUUAAACUCUAUGAUAUAGAGAAUACCCUCGGUCAUCUACCGAGCAGUGAACGAUCAGACAUGGAUGGCAGGGUACAUUACGGGCGAGCUUUAUCGAGUCUUAGAGAAGCUCUCAAGCAAGAGGUGAAGACUCCACAGCAAAUUGAGACUAUUUUCAUCACACUUUGGUUGAUGGUAGAUUAUGAGAACCGCUUUGGCAGCGGUGCCCCCGCAAUCAAUAUUCAUAUCCGGGGGAUCGAGACACUUCUCCACAACCACAUUGUCCCUUUGCUCCAAUGUCACACGCACCCAGCUGUUAUUGCGGACAGCCAACUCCCCUUGCAGCAGCCUGAAUCUCACGUAAACCUUUGUGCUUUGGGUGAAUUUACAAGCAGUGAAGACUCUGCUGAUCCUGCUCCACCUACAAGGUCUAUGAUAGACGGACUGGGUGGCACGUCUGUUCCCCUUUUUCUUCUUUGGACACUCUACUUCUUCACUCCUGCAGUUCUUUUCUUUGGCUCUGGGACUGCAAAGCUGGAGACUGACAUUUUUCGGUUUUUCUUACGAUCUGAGACUGGAAAUACUGCGCUUAGCCUUCCUGCACUCUACAGACUGAGCAGGCAGUCGCCGUCCCGCUUCUGGGGUGAUGGAUACCCCAUGUCAUCCCAGCUGGAUGAUUUAGAAAAUAUCCCGGGCUUGACUCUAUAUCACCAUAGCCAUGUGCUCCAAUUCAAAAUCACGGAACUGUUCAAACAUAGUCCAGGUCCAAAUAUCAGUUUUGGGGAAGGUUCUCCAUGCCAGAGGAUUACCAAAGAAAUAAGCACAUUGUCUAUUGAAUAUGAUACACUCCUCACCUCCGCCAAAAUGUCCACAUCCUGCGAUCUCGCUGGCGAUCGUCGCGUCAUGGAGACCAUUUUCUGGUCAGCUAUCACAUAUUACGGCACAGUUGUCUAUUUCCACCUCUGCAUCGAAGAUCGACCCGAGUUCCAAAGCUACCAUAAAAUUAUUCUCCCUUUAACCACUGCGGUAUCUUUAGUCCUGGAACUGAGUUUGAAACUGCACCGAAGCCGGCCGCGCCUUGUAGUCCGGAUUACCUGGUCAUUAUUUAUUGCGGGCAUCGCAACUUCCGACCGAAUUUAUCAAGACUGGGUGGCUAUUCGGCUACGAGAGCUUGGAAGAUACGGGCAAAAUUAUGAGCGGAUUAGUGCACGGUUUGACGAAAUUAUCAAGGGUGGUCACUCUUGCUUUCAGGAAAGAAGUAGCCAUUAUUCUUUAGGGGCCUAG